AUGAAAAGUUCUCAGCCUUUGUACUCCAUUACGACUUUAGUAGUUUAUGACACGCUUUAUCACUUACCUGGAACCAAAUUCAACAAAAGAUUAACUCAUAGCUCAAACUUGGCUCAAAUACCACAGCUUACGCAAAAAAAAACUUUUAUCAUGGCAGAUCAAUAUCCAGAGUCUCGGGUGCUCAUCGUGAUGACUGGUGGAACAAUAUGUAUGAUACCGUCUCCGGAGGGCCUGGUACCUUCUACAGGAUUUCUUGAGAACGGAAUGGCUAUACGACCAAAUUUCAAUGACCAGAGCAAUCCAGGACCAAUUCCUGUUAUGGUUGACUCAACCACUACAGAGUUUUUUCCAAGCCUUAGAACGCCAAAAACCACAUAUUCAAGGCAUGUUCGAUAUACGCUUUAUGAAUUUCCAAAACUUCUAGACUCAUCGUCUAUCUCAUCAGCAGGAUGGGCUCAGAUUGCUACUACCAUUAAGAACAACUAUUCCCUCUUUGAUGGAUUUGUAGUACUCCAUGGCACAGAUAGCUUAGCAUAUUCUAGUUCCGCUCUCUCAUUCAUGCUUACUCAUCUCGGGAAGCCUGUAAUUCUCACCGGCUCUCAGACAUCAAUAUUUGCCCUCCAGUCUGACGGUGUGGACAACAUUCUAGGAUCUUUGAUUAUUGCUGGCACUUUUAUGAUACCAGAAGUUUGUCUCUUCUUUCACCACACACUUCAUCGCGGUAAUAGGUGCACAAAAAUUUCAUCUUCUUCCUUCAAAGCUUUUGCAUCUCCCAACUAUGGAGCACUUGCAAAGGUCACGGCUAUGGGGAUCGAAAUAAAUUGGAAGCUGAUUGAACGACCUAAGACAAUCGCCAAGUUUGAUGUUCAAAUAAAUCUUGAUACUGCACACGUUGCUUGCUUUCGUAUAUUCCCUGGUAUGAAGCCAGAAAUGUUGGAAUCAGUCCUACAGGUGGCCAAUGUUCGAGGACUCAUUCUCGAAACAUUCGGAGCUGGUAAUGCGCCACACAGUGAAGAUGGACGCUUUGUACAAAUUAUAAAAUCGGCUGUGGCUCGUGGUAUCGUUAUUGUUAACGUCAGCCAAUGCCAAUCAGGAUUUGUCUCACCUCUCUAUGCUGCCGCAGCACCUCUGAGGCAGGCAGGCGUAGUAUUUGGGCAAGAUCUCACCACUGAGGCAGCACUAACGAAACUCUCAUACCUACUCGCACUCCCCGGGCUAAGCUACGAAACUAUUAUAACUGAGAUGCAACGUUCUCUCUGUGGUGAAAUGACCGAAUUGAAUUGCACAUCAUUCUCUCAUCCAUCUUCUGAUAUAGCAGUUACUGACCAUUCUGCGUUUACUUCUCUUGGAUACGCUAUAUCUGAGGGGAAACUACAGACAGUUAUUCAUUUAAUCGAAGGUAACCAAUUUAAUCUUUUGUACUCCAGAGAUUAUGCCGGAAACACUCCAUUACACCUUGCCGCCAUUGGGCCAAGUAAAGAGAUACUCCUUGAAUUGCUAAGGAGAGGUGCAAAUGUGCACGUCAGGAAUCGUGCCAGUAACACGCCUCUAUUUUUAGCGUCUCAAGUAAGGAAUGAAGAGUUUGUCAAGUUGUUGUCCGAAGCUGGUGCUUUACUUCAUAUCGAGGAAAGAGGAGUAUCAAAAGCCUACAGUGAAACUUGA